CGGUUGACUAUUCAAUAUGGCUGAUAAGCAGUAAGCCCCCAUCCAACCUUAUCGGAGCUGGUCAACUUCCCCAUUUCCCCCUCUCUUUUCCGUUUUCAAUCUCAAAUAAGAAAGUGAACGUUGUUGCAGGCCCUAAGCGGCUUCCUGCUCUCAGUCUACUGCCCCAGGUUCAUCAGAAAAUUCCACUACCAUAGAUCUCAAAUAUAGUCCAAACUAAUACUGCAAGUUUUCGUUUUCUGUCUUGAAGAAAAGUCCUUUCUCCACUUUCCCCCGGCCUGGUAUCUUGAUUCUAUCUCCACGUUUUUAUUGUACUAGACCAUGGUCCCCAAACGCAUAAGGACUGUCGAAGGUUCCUGCUGGCCAUGCAAGGAUCGUCGAGUCAUCUGCGAUCUCCAACAACCUGAGUGUUCGCGUUGUGCUACGUCUGGCCGGGCAUGCAACUACAGCAAAGUCCGUCUCAAAUGGUGCAACGGCAUUGCGGCUCGUGGGCGUUUCGCGGGUCGGAAUGACCCCGUUUCUGCUGCUGCUGUCACUGCUAAUGCUACCUUUUCAACCGGCGGUAGGACUUUGGCCAAUGUUACUACUACUACGGAUGGUUCUGCUGUUGCUGCUGCUGAUACUGGCUUUGGGGAAGGAUCGAGCUCGUCGGAGAGGAGCGAUGAUGAUGGUUCCUCUGUCAUCAGUCUCAGUCCUUCAGCGAGCUUUAGUGUCCUGUCUGCUACGGUAUUGGAGCCCGCGUUUGUCAUGACGGCAGACCAUUUGAUGCUUUAUUUCCAACAUGAAGUCUUGGAUAGGUUUAAUGUGGCCCAAGAUCGGCUUCAGGUUGAUGUAGGGUCCGCUUGUAAGGAUCCUGCCUUACUCCAAUCCGUCACAGCGGUUGCGAAUGCACAUCAUUUCCUCUACGCACGGAGGAGUCAGCAGGAUGCGAUUUUGGCGAAGAAGAUAGCUAGAUUGACAGCUAUAAAGCUGUUUAGGGAAAGAUUACAAGUUUCUCGUGUGCGGCGACGACAGCAACAACUGGUGAAGACAGGAGCGGAUGGGGGCCUAGAUAUAGCUCCCGUGAAGGACCUGUUUGUUAUUAAUGUUUUGUUUUGUAUCCUUGACGGGAUUAUAGAGCCUUUAGAUGAAGGCGCCGCCACUUAUCUGCAUUUCCGCGGUGGGAGAGCUAUCCUGGCCCAGUGGGGGUUCCUGGAUCAGCUCUUUCGAGUGAAGAAGGGUCUAUCCGCGUUGAUGCUGUCCAUCUUUGCGACUAUGGAUCUGACCCAUUCUCUACUCACUGGAGAGAGGCCAUACUUCUCUCCUGAGAGCUGGAUGGACUUUGCUGAUUGUGAGGGCUGGUGGGGUGUUCUUCCACCGGGAGAUCAGUUUCUCGAGAUCAUGGCUGCCCUCUCUCACAUCGCACGGUUGGGACAUCAAUACCGCUCAAUUGGGGUGUCUCCGCCUCUCAAGGAGAUUUUAUCAGUAUGGAAUACCCUGGAUCCGAAUGGCAGCGGUCUCAUGGACAAAAGUGGGUUUGUAAUAACAUCUCUUCCCGCGAUUCCAUUGGAGCCUUCUGCGCCUUCAGAUACCGGUGGUUCCCAGCCUCUCAACUAUGACCGCUCCUGGGAAGUCUUCUGUUCCGCGUACCGGCAGACUGCAUUGAUAUACAUCUACCGGGCUGUCUGCAACUUGCCGCUGACACAUCCACGCGUUCAACGGGCCACAGAGGCUGGCCACCGGGCGAUCUGUGAGACUCGGCUGGCGGGGAAGUUAUCUCACUGUCUUCUUUUCCCGACGCUGGUGAUUGGAAGCCAAUGUCUCAUACCGGAGCAGCAAAGGGCGCUGCGUAAGAACCUGCUGUUAACGGGCACGUUCUUGUAUUUCGGCUCCAUACCGGUGAUGGACCAGUUCCUGCAGAAGCUGUGGGCGACUCCAGACCCGGACGUGAGCUGGUGGGACUGCUUUGAAAGCAUCUCGCGGAAGACGUUCCUGUUCUGAGCUUUGGAUCCCGAAGAGAAAGAGGGGGCUCGCAUCUUUUUACGAUUUCCAUGUGUGUAUAUAUAUAUAUAUAUUAUCUGUCUUUCGUACCCGAUUAUUUCGAGUUUCAUGACGAAUCGAUGACGGAAGGGUGGUACAUACAAACGGUUGAUGAAUCUCAGUGUUAUUACCAUGAUUUUUAAAUGGAAUCGCGGGUCCUGUUGUGCCCCGUUUCAUUUCUGUAGCAGGACGGCUGCAUGGGAUCGACU